UUAGUGUCAAAAAGUGUGACUAAUCAGCUGCCCGAGAAAGAAACUAUAAAAUUGUGAAUGAAAUCAUUCCAAACACACUAAGCUUUUACAAAUAUCUACGUAAUAAGCCAAGCAUUUGUGAAACGUGAUGGCAGAUAUCGUAUGGCCGUGGCAGUAUAAUUUUCCUCCAUUUUUUACAAUACAACCCCAUUCAGAAACAAGAGCAAAACAACUAGAAGCAUGGCAACAACUUAUCACAGAGUAUCUAAAGACUACAAAACAGUCAACCAUAGACAUUAGAGAAUCACAAAAUGGCCCACUGUUCAAUAACACUGAGAUUAAUAGGAAACUGUCCCAGGAAGCCAUCUUAACUAUCCUUGAAGAUAUGGCAAAGACAGGGAGAGCAGCUCCAGUAGAUAAAAGUAAAAAUAUAUGGGAAGUAUACUGGCACUCACUUGAUGAGUGGGGCAACUUGAUAUACAACUGGGCUUGUAAUAAUGGAAUGAACAACUCUGUGUGUACCCUGUUUGAGUUGAGGGAGGGUGAAAAUACUGCUGAUCAAGAGUUCCACGGCCUUGACAUGAAUGUGUUAGUAAAGGCUUUAAAAAAUUUAGAAGUAAAAGGAAGAUGUGAACUUAUUGAGUUUGACGACAACCAAGGAGUUAAGUUCUUCUGAGGACCACAGUAUAGCUAGCUCUGUUUCUAAGCAAUUAUUAUAAGUACACAGUUUUAAUACAUAAAGUGUUAUAAAUACAUUUUGUUAAGUUAU